AAAGUAAACGAUAAAAAUGUCGGGAAGAGGUAAAACUGGGGGGAAGGCUCGUGCAAAAGCUAAGACACGGUCCUCUCGUGCCGGAUUACAAUUCCCGGUUGGCCGUGUUCACCGUUUAUUAAGAAAAGGUAAUUAUGCUGAAAGGGUCGGUGCCGGUGCUCCUGUUUAUUUGGCUGCUGUGCUUGAAUACUUAACUGCGGAGAUACUGGAGCUGGCUGGAAAUGCCGCCCGCGACAAUAAGAAGACUCGCAUUAUUCCUCGUCACCUGCAGCUCGCUGUUCGAAACGAUGAGGAACUGAACAAACUGUUGGGCGGUGUGACCAUUGCUCAAGGUGGUGUACUACCUAACAUCCAAGCUGUACUCCUACCCAAGAAGACCGAGAAGCCUGCUAAGAGUAAAUAAGUGACUGCAUUAAUUCUAUAAACAAAGGCUCUUCUCAGAGCCACCCAUUUUUCGAAAUGAGUAAAAUCCAUUUUGUAUUAAACUGUA